UCAAAUCUGGCAGCUGAGUCUGGCGAAUGUUCUUCUGAUUACUUUGAAGAGAUAUUCAUUGAAAGAAACCAAAAGAAAAGCAAGAGCUAUAAUUCAACUCUUUUGGAACCAAAGAGGGUUUGUGGUCAAGGUUCAUCCAGUGGCCAAGUCAAGCCUAGGAAUGCUGCAAAAAACAAUGGUCCCCCUUUUCCUUAAACCAGCUAAGAGGAAAUUGGACAAAACAGGUGACCUAGUAAGUGCAAAGAGAGUGAAAAAAGCCAAGACACUUGAAAAGGACAAGACUGAAUACCUUCUUCCAGAGAGGAACCUAGCAAGCUGUAAGAACCUAGAACCUUCAGAUAAUGACCACUUUCUGUACUGUGGAGAAUGCAACAAAGAGUUUGAAGGGGAUUGCCCUGUGCAUGGACCAUACAACUUAAUACAGGACAAAGAGGUGCCAGAAGAGGACCCCUUUAGAGCUGAUCAUACUCUUCCAGAUGACCUUGAAAUUAAAACCUCAAAGCUAUUUGGAGCUGGUCUUGGAGUAUUUUCAAAAGUUGGACUCGAAUCCAGAAUCAUGUUUGGACCAUAUAGGGGUGAUACCAUCUCUUACAACCAUAAAUCAGGAUAUUGCUGGCAGAUCUAUAAGGAAGGCAAAGCUAGCCACUGUGUGGAUGCCCAGAACAAGGCCACCUCUAACUGGAUGAGAUACGUGAACUGUGCAAUGACAGAGGCAGAUCAGAACCUUGUAGCAUUCCAGUACAAAGGAGGCAUCUAUUACUGCACAUUCAAGCCAGUUUCACCAGAAGAAGAACUGCUUGUCUAUUAUGGAGAUGAAUACGCCAGAGAAGUUGGCAUCAACAGAGACAAGAACUUGCUCUUCAGACCUAAAUAUGUCAAUGAAGAGGGAAGUGACAUUUUAAAAAAUGUCAUGGAACAGCAAUUAGAAAAUGCAAUAUUACAGAAGAAGAAGAACAUAGAAAACACAGAUGAAAAGGAGUACAAUGGCGUGAUGUGGAAUAAUACUAGAAAGAACAGUAGUAACUUGAAGACAUACAUGAGGAUACAUGCUGGAGAGAGACUGUACAAGUGUGAGGUGUGUGGCUAUGCCUGUAGCCAGAGUGGUAAAUUGAAGACACACAUGAGGAUACAUACAGGAGAGAAACCGUACAAGUGUGAGGUGUGUGGUUUUGAAUGUAACCAAAGUUAUAGCUUGAAGACACACAUGAGGAUACAUACAGGAGAGAAACCGUACAAGUGUGAGGUGUGUGGCUAUGCUUGUAGCGAGAGGCGUAACUUGAAGACACACAUGAGAAUACAUACAGGAGAGAAACCGUACAAGUGUGAGGUGUGUGGUUUUGAAUGUAGCCAGAGCUGUUCCUUGAAGACUCACAUGAGGAUACAUACAGGAGAGAAACCGUACAAGUGUGAGGUGUGUGGUUAUGAAUCUAACCGGAGUUAUAGCUUGAAGACACACAUGAGGAUACAUACAGGAGAGAAACCGUACAAGUGUAAAGUGUGUGGUUAUGAAUCUAACCGGAGUUAUAGCUUGAAGACACACAUUAGGAUACAUACAGGAGAGAAACUGUACAAGUGUGUGGUGUGUGGUUAUGAAUGUAACCAAAGUAGUCACCUGAAGACACACAUGAGAAUACAUACAGGAGAGAGACUGUACAAGUGUGAGGUGUGUGGUUAUGCAUGUAAGCUGAGUGGUCACUUGAAGACACACAUGAAGAUACAUACAGGAGAAAAACUGUUCAAGUGUGAGGUGUGUGGCUAUGCUUGUAUCGAGAGUUGUACCUUGAAGAGACACAUGAGGAUACAUACAGGAGAGAAACCGUACAAGUGUGAGGUGUGUGGCUAUGCUUGUAGCCAGAGUGGUUAUUUGAAGACUCACAUGAAGAUACAUACAGGAGAGAGACUGUACGAGUGUGGGGUGUGCGGUUAUACAUGUAAACUGAGUGGUGACUUGAAGACUCACAUGAGGAUACAUACAGGAGAGAAACCAUACAAGUGUGAUGUGUGCGGUUAUACAUGUAAUCAGAUAAGUAACUUGAAGAGACACAUGAGGAUACAUAAAGGAGAGAGAAAGUACAAGUGUGAGUUGUGUGUUUAUGAAUUUAACCAGAGUACUCAUUUGAAGAGACACAUGAGGAUACAUUCAGAGACUGCUGUACAAGUGUGAGGUGUGUAGUUAUGCAUUUACAUGGAGGGAGUCCUUGAAGAGACACAUGAGGAUACAUACAGGAGAGGGAAUGUACAAGUGUGAGGUGUGUAGGUAUGCAUUUGCCCGGAAGGAGUCCUUGAAGAGACACAUGAGGAUACAUGCAGACUAGAGACUAUAAAUCUUUUAGGUGUGUGCUUAUGAGUGUAACACAAGUAAUACCUUGAAAAUACACAUGAGGAUACUGGAGUUAUGCACACAUUGUGUGGUUAUCCAUGUAACUAGAGACGGAACUUGAAGACACAUAUGAGAAUGCUUACAUGAGAGAGAGAGAGAGCACAAGUGUGGGGUGUGGGGUUAUGCAUGUAACCAGAGUGUUACCUGUAUUCUCCAUCAAGCUGUUAUGCUACUGCAGAUGAUUGGUGUGUGAGAUGCUAUUAUGCUACUGCAGAUGAUUGGUGUGUGAGAUGCUAUUAUGCUACUGCAGAUGAUUAGUGUGUGAGAUUCUAUUAUGCUACUGCAGAUCAUUGGUGUGUGAGAUGCUUUUAUGCUACUGCAGAUGAUUGGUGUGUGAGAUGCUGUUAGUAGUUUGGAAGACAUGCAAAAGCAUAGUACAAAGUGAAAAAAAUAUUAAACAUAAAUAUAUAGAAAACUUAGCUUUGCUUAGUUACACUGUACUUAGUGAUUUUCUGUGUGAUAAAUAUUUUUCAUUAAAUGUUAUAUGAAAACAUUUAUUAUAAAUGAACAUAUAUUUAACGCAGAAAUAAAGACUGUGUCAUUACUGUCAAAUCUAAGGAUUAUUGUUAUUAUUAGGGAUGGCAAACCUAAGCAAAUUAGUAACCGGUUAACCUGUUUCGAUAUUCAAGCGGUUAACCGACUCACGUACCACAUAAAUGAAAAAAAAAAAAAUCCAAAAAACCUAUACGUUUAUAAACAAUUACAUGCAUUUGCAAAUAUACUCUUGUCUUGUUGAUUGUCUUGUAACCUAAUUACUUUAACCAUUUUAUCAAUUAAAUACUGUUUCUUUACAAAUUUUGUAAUUUCCGACAUUUUUAUAUGCUUGUCGGUGAACUGUGAUAUUUCUUUGUUGAAAUAUUACCUUCAUGUCUUUUACACAUAAUUAUUGUUCUACACCUUGAUCAAUAAAAGCUAGUGCAGAAUUUGAAUUAUGUUGUGUUUUAUUAACACUCAUUUUCCUUUAGGAAUUUCAUGCAUUAACAGUUUUCUGAUUAAUAACAAUUGUCGAUUAGCGUAAACAUAUUUUGCAAUGGGCAAAGGGUUUUCCAAACCUCUAUUGAAGGCCUGUUUAUACUCGAUGUCUUUAUUAGGGCAUUUCAGUUUGCAAUAGUUGUUAAAACAACAGUGAUCGGGUGUAAUCACAGUGUCCAGCUGUAUUGAUUUUAUCAAGCAAUGGUAGUCAACAAAAUAACACAAUAGAAUGUAAAGUGCUUAACAAACACACUGCAGAGUAGGUGCUAAUUUCUUGUGUGCCUGCUCAUUAAUCUGCUGCACCCGAUGUUUUACAACUCUAAUCGCUUUUGAUCCACAGAGGGGCAUCACGGGGUGGUAAUUGGUGAUAAUUUGCGAUAAGAUAAGCGGAUUAGCCAAUACAGUGGAAUGAAGUCAAACAAAACUAACGAUUUUACUAUUUAUUGCGUUCAACCAAAAAAAAAUUCUGCAAGAGUAACCAAAUAUUAAUUGUGUAACCGGUUAACCUCCUUAAGAAACGGAUAACCUGUUAACUGAAUAAAGCGACUGCCCUGUCCAUGAGUUAGGUGCACUUGUUAACCAUCUUACUCUUUUUAUGCCCCUGGAUCGAAUGAUCAGGGAUAUAUUGUUUUUGGCCUGUCCGUCUGUCUGUAUUUGUAUGUGUCUGUCAUUGUAUGUGUCCCAAAACUUUAACCUUGGUCAUAACUUUUGUAUUAUUGAUGAUAGCAACUUGAUAUUUGGCAUGCAUGUGUAUCUCCUGGAGCUGCACAUUUUGAGUGGUGAAAGUUCAAGGUCAUCCUUCAAGGUCAAAGGUUAAAAAAAAUCAAAGCGGUGCAUAAGGAGGCAUUGUGUUUCUGACAAACACAUUUCUUGUUUCGUCUUGUUGACAAUUAUAGGUUGAAUAUGUGUUCCAUGUUAUUUAUUGUUCUCUUGUCAGUGGGUUUGUAUUUUUUUAUAAUUCUGAUAUUCAUGGUUUUGUUGAAGUACAUCUAAAAACAUAUGCAGGUUUAUUAAUGCAAGUUAACAUUCAUUAUAAUGUAUAAUGAACAAUAGUUCUCACUUGUCUCUUUCAUUUUACAGCUAGUUCUGAAAAUAUAAGUAUUGAACAUAGUUCACUCCCUUUGUUGUUUAAUUACAAAAAUUAGUGCAAAAGCCCAAAGAGAUUAUGUCUCAAGUUUGUAUGUAAAUAUAUCUUAAUUACAUCACACUUUUGUUGAUGUAGAUGUAGAUUCACUGAGUGAAUUGAUUUUGAUAGUGCAGAUAUAAAGACAAUUUCAAGUUAGGAGUCCACUCUUUUAAAUCCUGAGUAUUUAAAUAUUUAGAUGAUCAAGUUAAAAAAAAUCUACCGGUAGAUUUUGUGCAAAACUGCUUACAUUAUUUGUAUGCCCCCGGAUCGAAUUUUCGGGGGUAUAUUGUUUUUGGCCUGUCUGUCUGUAUGUCAUUCUGUCUGUCUGUCUGUCAUUCUGUCCCAAAACUUUAACCUUGGUUAUAACUUUUGCAAUAUUGAAAAUAGCAAAUUGAUAUUUGGCAUGCAUGUGUAUCUCAUGGAGCUGCACAUUUUGAGUGGUGAAAGGUCAAGCUCAAGGUCAUCCUUCAAGGUCAAAGGUCAAAUAUAUGGCAAUAGGGGGCAUAGUGUUUCACUAACACAGCUCUUAUUUAACCCAUUUAUGCCUAGCGUCUAGAAAAAAGGCCUUGGCAAACAGCAUAGACCCUGAUGACAGCCUCUCAUCAGUGUCUGCACUGUUUGCUUAAAGGAAUUUCUGUACGAAAUAUUCUAAAUAUAGAAAUAAAUAUACUAGACAUCCCUCAUUUUGGAAAUAAAUUGAUCCUAUUUAGAAGGAUGGGAGAGUCCACUAGGCAUAAAUGGGUUAACAUCUUGAAGCUUGUGUUUUCAACUCCUUUAUAACUACUAGUUACUCACUCAAACUAUCACAGUCCAAUUAACCUUUAUUAGAUUAAUAUAGAUAGAUUAGAAGAAUAUCAUAAAGAAACAAAUUCUGGCUGCAACAAGUUUUAGCCUUUUGUUUUUCCACUAUAGAAUAAAAAAUUAAUAAUCAGAAAAUGCUGUGUUGUUAACUUGGCUUUAACUUUUGGGAUUAUCUCACUCAAAAACUUAAAUAUUUGAAUGUCUUUGUAUGUCUAGAUAUCAUGAUCAUAAAAGAAUUUUGGCAGAAUUAUGGCCCUUUGUUUUUUCCACUCUAUAUUAUAUGGUCCUAGAAUGUUUUUUUUAACUACUAUUUAAAUAUUGGGUGAUUCUUGCUCCAAUUCUCACUGUUGAAUGACAUUAAUUGAGUCGUGUUCUGAGAAAACUGGGCAUAACGCAUGUGCGUAAAGUGUCAUCCCAGAUUAGCCUGUCCGCACAGGCUAAUCAGGGAGACACUUUCCGGUUUAUGACCUUUUUUGUUUAAUUGAAGUCUUUUCUUAGCAAAAAUCCAAUUUAAGCGGAAAGUUGCGUCCCUGAUUAGCCUGUGCGGACUGCACAGGCUAAUCUGGGAUGACACUUUACACACAUGCAUUAAACCCAGUUUUCUCAGAACGUGAUGAUAAUUUGUGGAUGAUAAUAAAGAAAUUUGGUUUGACUAUGACCAAUUUUGGCUUAAUUAUGGCCCUUUGCCUUUUUGUCCACUGAAGAAUAUAUCGUGGAUUUUCUUGUGUCCAAACAUGUCUCAAGAGGGACCUGUCGGUGUCUGUGACACUUUUCUAGUUCUGAUUCUUUUACUUAAUUGGAUAUAGUUCAUGUAAGCUGUUUUAUAAAUUGAUCUGAAAAAAAAUCAUAUACAAUUUUGCUGAAUUUUAUGUAAUUUAAUGGUAAUAUGUUGAAUUCUACAUAAGGAAUCUAUUGAUCUCAGAUUAUUUUGAUGCAUUUAGAUGAUUAGACAUAUUACUAUAAUUUCUGAAGGGAUAAUACUGUUGCUAUCUU